AUGCAAGUGCCACCGAUUGCCCCAGGAGGGUCUCAUGAUUCAUUUAGCUUCUACAUCGAUGAAGCCUCUCCGGUUGGGCCUGAACAGCCAGAGACGGUCCAGAAUUUUGUGUCUGUUUUUGGGACUGUGGCUAAAAAGCUGAUGAGGAAGUGGUUGGCUACACAGACCAUGAACUUCACCAGCCAGCUGGGGGCAGGUAUAAGGUAUUUUGAUCUUAGAAUUUCCACCAAGCCCAGAGACCCAGACAAUGAACUCUACUUUGCUCAUGGUUUAUUCAGUGCCAAAGUCAAGGAGGGUCUGGAAGAGAUCAAUGCAUUUCUCGCUGACCACCCAAAAGAAGUGGUCUUCUUGGACUUCAAUCACUUCUACGGCAUGCAGAAAUACCAUCAUGAAAAGCUUGUCCAAAUGCUCAAAGACACAUAUGGAAACAAAAUGUGUCCUGCUAUAUUUGCCCACGAGGUCAGCCUCCAGUACCUGUGGGAAAAGGAACACCAAGUGCUGGUGUUCUACCACAGCCCAGUGGCUCUCGAGGUACCAUUUCUUUGGCCAGGCCAGAUGAUGCCAGCUCCUUGGGCAAACACAACAGAUCCGGAAAAACUGAUUCAGUUCCUCCAGGCAUCAAUCACUGAAAGAAGAAAGAAGGGCUCCUUUUUUAUAUCUCAAGUAGUGCUGACGCCAAAGGCUAGCACGGUGGUGAAAGGCGUUGCUAGCGGUCUCAGAGAAACGAUCACAGAAAGGGCUCUUCCUGCAAUGAUGCAGUGGGUCCGAACUCAGAAACCAGGAGAAAGUGGUGUGAAUAUUAUCACUGCAGAUUUUGUAGAACUUGGUGACUUUAUCAGCACAGUCAUAAAGCUCAACUAUGCCCUGGAUGAAGGUGAAGAUGACACUACUUGA